AAAUGAAUGCGCAUAGAAAUCAAAGCCAUCGACAACUCGAUAAAUGCUUUGAUUACUGGUGACCUAAUUAUAGAAUUUACCUUUAUUUACAGACACCGAAGUGAUAAUCUGAGUUUCAAAACUCCUAGCCAUAAUGGCUACUGGAGAAGAAGGCAACAUGAUGGCUGGUCCCCCAAUGAACCCUUCUUACCAGCAGCAACAACCACAAGACAAUGUUCAGAUGAUACAGAAGGCAAUUAGUCAAAUGGAAGACAAAGGUAUGCAAGGAGAUCCAAGGUACGCUCAACUCAUGGCUAUGGCUGAACGUGCAAGAUCUGGUGGCAUGCAUCCACAAGGAAUGCAGGGUAGUGGUGGACCACAAGGCAUGCCACCACAACACCACGGUAUGCAAAAUCCAUAUGGUAAUAGAAUGGGACCUGGUGGAAUGGGUCCACAGGGAAUGCCUAGUGGACAACACCCAAUGCAAAGUGGACCUCAGGGAAUGCCUCCUGGUGCUCCUCAAGGUAUGCAUGGUGUCCAACAACAGGGAAUCCCUUCAAACCAAGGAAUGGGAACACCACACAGAAUGGGCAGUAUGCAUCAAGGUAUGCCUAAUGCCCAGAGUGGAAUGCCUGGACCUGUACAAAGUAUGGGAGCUCCAAAUAUGUCUGGUCCACCUAAUAUGCCUAAUGUUUCCAGUGGUGGUCCUGGUUAUUCCAUGAAUGUUCAAAAUGUACCUAACCCUACUGGGUCUGGACAGAUGAAUCCAAACAUGGCUGGUGGAGGUGGUAAUGUGAUGCCAGGACAUCCUAGUGGUCAGAGUGGAAUGGGGCACCCAGGACAACAGCAAGGGAUGAGCCCAAUGAUGAAUAGAGCUGCAUCUCAACCAAAUAUGGCAUCCUCAAAUCAAGGGAUGGACGGUGAUCAAACUCAACAAGGUCACCAAGGAAUUCAGCAACCUGGAAAUAAAAUGACUGCAUUCAAUCCAUCACAGCUAUCACAACUCCGUGCACAAAUAAUGGCUUACAAAUUCCUUGCUAGAAACCAGUCCAUUCCUGAAAAUCUAAGGGCAGCUGUUGAAGGCAAGAGACCACCUUUUACUGGAAUGCCAAGACCUCAAGAUUCUCAUCAAAAUCAGCCACAAAGAAUUCCAUCACAAAGUCAGUCCCAGCCUCAACAAGGUCCACAGCCAAGCUAUCAAAGUGGAGCCACACAAGGAGUGCCGCCAACUCAACAACAACAACAACCAAAACCAAAUCAACAGACCCCUCCUCCUUCCUCUUUACAGGCUAUGAUGACCAUGCAGAAGCAAAGUAAAAUAGCACCAGUUCAGAAACCUCAAGGACUAAAUCCUAUUGAUAUUCUUAAUGAAAGGGAAAAUAGAAUUGCAGCCAGAAUUGGACACAGAAUCAAGGAAUUACAUAAUCUUCCUGCUGUAAUGCCUGAGGAUAUGAAAUGUAAAGCUAUGAUAGAAUUAAGGGCCCUCAGGUUACUCAAUUUUCAAAGACAGUUGAGAACUGAAGUAGUUGCCUGUAUGAGAAAAGAUACAACAUUGGAGACAGCACUAAACACAAAGGCAUAUAAACGUAAUAAGAGACAAACUCUCAGAGAGGCAAGAGUUACUGAGAAACUGGAAAAACAACAAAAAAUGGACCAAGAAAGGAAGAAAAGACAGAAACACCAGGAGUAUCUGAAUGCUGUUCUACAACAUGCUAAAGACUUUAGAGAUUUCCACCGUAGUAUACAGACUAAGGUCAACAAAGUUAACAAGGCCAUCAUGAUGCACCAUGCUAACACAGAAAGAGAACAAAAGAAAGAACAAGAAAGACUAGAAAAAGAAAGAAUGAGGAGACUUAUGGCUGAAGAUGAAGAAGGGUAUAGAAAGUUGAUUGAUCAGAAGAAGGACAAACGUCUGGCCUACCUUCUAUCUCAGACAGAUGAGUACAUUACUAAUAUGAUGUCCCUCUUAGCAGAGCAUAAAGAAGACAUAAGAAAGAAGAAAAUGGAACGGAAGAAAAAGAAGAAAAAAGGGGUGGAAGCAGUCAACCCAGAGGUACUGGAUGAAAGCUCUAAUACCAGUGAUAUGAGAGUUUCUGUGGUAGAGACAGCAACAGGGAAGAUUCUGUUUGGAGAAGGUGCUCCUCUAGCUAGUCAAUUAGAUACUUGGUUAGAACUAAAUCCAGGAUAUGAGGUGGCACCAAGAGUUGAUGGUGAAGAGGACGAUGAAAGUGGAGAGGAAGAGGAGGAGAAACCAGAGGAAAGUCAACCACCAGUUAUACCAGAGAUCACACCAAAGAAGGUCCUCAAAUCAUCAGAAGAUUUAGAUGAAGAGGAAGCUAAGAAAAUUCUAAGUAGUGCCACUCAUGAGGAUGAUGAGUAUGAGAAUUUAAAGGUUAAAGAAGCCCAGAAUUACUAUAGCUUGGCCCACACUGUCAAGGAAGAAGUUGAACAAGCUUCUAUCAUGGUCAAUGGAUUGUUAAAAGAAUAUCAGCUGAGUGGAUUGGAAUGGCUAGUAUCAUUGUAUAAUAAUAACCUGAAUGGAAUUUUGGCUGAUGAAAUGGGUCUAGGUAAAACUAUACAGACUAUUGGACUGAUCACAUAUCUAAUGGAGAGGAAGAGAGUGAAUGGUCCAUUCCUUAUCAUUGUUCCAUUGUCAACAUUAUCUAACUGGGUGAUAGAGUUUGAGAAGUGGGCACCAUCUGUUGUGAAGAUUGCCUAUAAAGGUUCUCCUAACUCGAGGAGGCUGUUAUUACCUAUCCUGAAAGCUGCCAAAUUUAAUGUACUUCUUACCACAUAUGAGUAUAUCAUCAAAGACAAAGCUGCUUUGUGCAAGAUACGGUGGAAGUAUAUGAUUAUUGAUGAAGGACAUCGAAUGAAGAAUCACCACUGUAAACUGACACAGGUGUUAAACACUCAUUACUUGGCUCCUCACAGAUUGUUAUUAACAGGAACACCAUUACAGAAUAAAUUGCCAGAGUUAUGGGCCUUGUUGAAUUUCUUGUUGCCAAGCAUUUUCAAAUGCUGUGCCACGUUUGAGCAGUGGUUUAAUGCACCAUUUGCCAUGACAGGAGAAAAGGUUGAAUUGAACUCUGAGGAGACAUUGUUGAUUAUCAGACGUCUACACAAAGUACUACGUCCCUUCUUGUUAAGAAGACUGAAGAAAGAAGUCGAAUCUCAGUUACCAGACAAGAUUGAAUAUGUUAUUAAGUGUGAAAUGUCAGCCUUGCAGAGAUAUGUUUACCGUCACAUGCAGGCUAAGGGUGUGAUGCUUACUGAUGGAAGUGACAGAAAGGGUGGUAAAGGUGGAGCUAGAGCUAUGAUGAAUACUAUAAUGCAGCUUAGAAAGAUUUGCAAUCAUCCAUUUAUCUUUCCACAUUUAGAGGAAGCUUUUGCUGAACACCAAGGACUUGGUAAAAGAGAAGUCACUGGCCCAGAUUUGUACAGAGCAGGAGGAAAAUUUGAGUUACUGGACAGAAUACUACCCAAACUAAAGGUUACAAAUCACAGAGUUUUGUUGUUUUGUCAGAUGACAACGUUGAUGAGUGUAAUGGAGGAUUACUUUGUCUUCAGAGGUUACAGAUACUUGAGGUUAGAUGGAACAACAAAAUGUGAAGAUAGAGGACAAUUAUUAGCAUUGUUCAACGAUCCUGAAUCGCCUUACUUUGUCUUCUUACUGAGUACUAGAGCAGGUGGUUUGGGUCUCAAUCUCCAGGCUGCUGAUACUGUUGUUAUAUUUGAUUCUGACUGGAAUCCCCACCAGGACUUGCAAGCUCAGGACAGAGCUCACAGAAUAGGACAGAGGAAUGAAGUUAGAGUUUUGAGGUUGAUGACAGUAAACAGUGUGGAGGAGAAGAUCUUGGCAGCUGCUAGAUACAAACUGAACGUAGAUGAGAAAGUCAUUCAGGCUGGUAUGUUUGAUCAGAAAUCUACUGGAAUAGAAAGACGACAGAUGUUACAACAGUUACUGUUACAAGAUCAGGAAGAUGGAGAGGAAGAAGAUGAGGUUCCAGAUGAUGAAACAGUUAAUCAGAUGAUGGCUAGAAGUGAGGAAGAGUUUGAGAUGUUUCAACAAAUGGAUAUAGACAGAAGGAGAGAGGAAGCAAAGAAUCCUAACAGGAAACCUAGACUAAUGGAAGAUGAUGAACUGCCUGACUGGAUUUUGAAAGAUGAAAAUGAGGUUGACAGGUUAACAUUUGAAGAUGACAAUGAAGUGUAUGGUAAAGGUUCUAGACAGAGGAAGGAAGUGGAUUAUACAGAUUCUCUCACAGAAAAACAGUGGCUAAAGGCCAUUGAGGAUGGUAAUUUGGAUGAAGUUGAAGAACAACAAAAAGUGAUUAAGAAACCACCAAAGAAGAGGAAGGCAGAGAAAGAAGUCAAGGAGAAAGAACCAAAGGGGGGUUCAGAUAAACCAAAGAAACGUAGAGGAAGACCUCCGGUAGAGAAACAACCACCAAACCCACCUAAACUUACAAAAAUCAUGAAGAAAAUUAUGUCUAUUGUGCUUAGAUAUAAAGACAGUGACAACAGAGUUCUGAGUACAGAGUUUAUAAAUGUACCGUCCAAGAAACUUUAUCCAGAGUAUUAUGAGUUGAUUGACAGACCAAUAGAUUUUAAAAAGGUCAAGAACAAGAUUAAAGACCAUAAAUACAGGAGUUUGGAAGCCCUAGAGGAAGAUGUAAUGUUAUUGUGUGAGAAUGCCCAGUCUUAUAACAUUGAAGGAUCUGCAAUCCAUGAAGAUUCUAUAGUACUGCAGUCUGUGUUUACUAAUGCUAGACAGAGAAUAGAGAAAGAGAUGGGAAAUGGAUUAGGAGACUCAGACGGUAGUAGUAGUGAUGAAGAAACAGAAAACGAGGAUGGAGAGGAAGAAGAUGAUGAAGAUAAAGCCUCAAAGUCAAAAACACCAAGUAAAAAGGCCCCUGAAAAAGAACGUAUAAGUACAAGGAAAAGGAAAACAAGGAUUCAGAAACCAAUGAUAAGUGAUGAUGAGGACGAAGAAGAGGAGUAUUAUGAAUAAUUGUACAUUGUACCUAGGACUCUGAUAGUAGCGAUGAUGAUCUACCACUCCAGUCUUCAAAGACUUCACCAAGGAAUUCUCCAGGAACUAGUGGCAAGAAGAAGUGAAGAAUUAUCAUCCUCCAAACUGUUGUUAUAAUCAACUGUUGUUUCAUUUUGUAUUCUAUUAUUAGCAUAAAUAUUUUUUGCUGUAGUCUCUCUUUUUACAUUGUAGUUAAAUUCUCUUGACAUAAAUUUAGUAGUUUGUGAAGUGUAAAACUUACGGUUGAAUUGAGAUACAUGUUUUGAGUAUGAUGAUUGAACAUUUGAUGAUAGUUGGUUUAUUGUAUAUAUGUAUUAGUACUUUCCUCAAAAUAUAGUUCAACUUUAUAUUGAAGGAGGUAGACCUAGAGAAAAGGGCAAUAACUCUUUAAAAUUACUAGUAUUUUUGAGUCAACCAUUUUCAUAAAUAUAUUUUUAGCUUUUAAGUAACAUAGAUAUAUCUGAGUUAUCCCUAUUUUCUCAAAGUUUCCUUUGAUCUUUUUUUGUGGUAACUUUUUAAACCACGCUACUCAAAGGGUAAAGGAUUUUCUCAGUCGGUGGAAAGAGAAUGUUUGACAUCAUAAGCCUACGUCAUUGAUGUUGCCUACCAAAUAGUUAUAAACAGAUUAUCAAUGAUCUUUCGAAUUCAAGGAUGUUUCUCGGCCACUUCUCAUGUCAAGGCUCUUUCUUCCAUGAGAUUGUAGCCGUGAAGCUCCCUCCUGCUUGAAGAACCAUCAACAAUCUAUAAUUCUGUUGUACAUGAAUGCUUGCAGACCUAUUACUAAUUUAUAGAGUUAUCUCCCUUAAUCCAGGUCUUCCCCCCCCCCUUUUAUCAGUGACAAAUUCUCUUGUCCCCUGUAUUUAAUUAGAUUUAGUACCUAUGUUAUUGUUUCAGAUAUGUAGUUCACAGAUUCAUUACUUAUUUGAUCAUCCAAAUAAUUAUACAAUAUAUUAUUGAUUUUUUUUGUAAGAAAGGUUUCAAAUGUUCAUGUAUUUUUGAAAAUUAAUGAUUAGCACUUAAGAUAAAAAAACAUGUAUGCCAUCUCUUGAGAAAUCUCUAUAAAACAAUUAUUUACAUUUUUCUACAUUCAUAAAUCAGACUUCAUUGGCAUGCCAUUGUUUAUUCUGCCAUAUUUAUUAUGUGUUAACAUGUCUUUUGUGCAAUUAAACUGAAAACCAAA